GAUAACGAAGGCUAUAUAAUUAUGCGAAGUUCAAUGCCAUUUUGGCCUAAUGAACAAAAAAAUGACAACGCUGUUGGUAAUAAUCGAUAUACAUUUCAUACGCUACCAAACUAUACUACUAUGGGAGAUGACCCUCCACCACCUUUACCAACAACAAAUCAUCCACUCCUUCCUUCAUUACAACGACCACCUUCAUGUGGUGAUAUUAAUCAAUCAGAAACUGAUACUCAAAAACAAUCUCCAAGUUCACCGUUACUUAAUAUUCCUAAUGUUUCAACGUCUGAUUCAGUUGGAGAUGAAGAACAAUUUGUUAGAACUCUUCGACGAAAAGCUUCUUUACAAUCUUUACAUAAUAAUAAUCAUCACGUACCAUUAUUGGCAUCCUCUAGAAUAAAAGCGAAAUUACUACGUAAUCGGCAGGUGACACUUAUUGGCAUUUCACCCCUAGAUCCAAAUUCCUUACCUUCAGAAGAACCUCCAGUACCUUCCACACCUGCAAAUGGUAUCAGUGUUACUGAAUUAGUUGACAGUUAUUAUGAUGAGGAUAAAGAACCGGGUCCAACUCCUGAAGCAAGAAACCGUAAACGUGAAGCUGCUGUUUCAGAAAUUCUUACCACCGAAAGAAAAUAUGUUGAUGGUUUAGAAAAACUUGUUAAUAUUUUUUUACUUCCUUUACGAGAAAUCUGUCAAAAAACAAGUCAAAAAAAUGGUUUAUUAUCUAUUAAACCUAUCGCUAGUUUGGAAGAUAUUUCUAUAUUAUUUGAUGAAGCACAUCCUGAUUUUAUAGACCUCCAGAAAUGUGUUCGACAAAUUAAUAUAAUAGCAGAUGAAGUUAACGAAAAAAUGCGGGAUGCCGAAAAUCAACAAAAAGUAUUAGAGAUCCAAUUAAAAGUAGAUAAUAUACCUGACAUAAUAAACCCUGCACGAAGAUUCAUACAUAGUGGCGAUCUUUACAAAGUUACUCCUCUAUUCACAUCAACAAAGCCUUACUUUUCAUCCACCCAAGAAAUACGAACUCAUUUCCUAUUUAACGAUUUAUUACUAUUUUGUUCGAAUUCUCAAGGAGGAAAGCUUACUUACAGAGGUCAACUCGAUUUAAAUAAUUGUUCGAUUAUAGAUAUUGAUGAUGACGCGUCAGAUAAGCCAUUUUGUUUUCAAUUAAUUACAAAAACGGCAAAAGGUGACUUAAGGCAUACAGUCCGCACAAAUACUGGUGAAGAGAAAGCUGAAUGGAUGGGAAAAAUCGAAUAUGCGAUAUCAUCUUUGCAACAUGGAAUAAGAAUUUCUUAUAAUGUUAAUGGGAAACGCCUUAUUCCAAUUCGUCAACGACCAAUACUCGACAAAGCUCCUUCUCAACUUGGCGUAACCUCGAUAACAAACCGACGUCCAUCACACGCGUCAGAUAUGUAUAUAUCAUCAGACUUACUAAAUGUUGAGACACAAGGUGUAACGAACUUAGAUCCGAGAAACGCUAAAGGAACUUCUAAACACCUUAAACCACGAUUAACGUUAAAAACAUUAAGACCACAGAUGUCACAUGAUACGUUGAAGCCAAAUUC